AUGCGGCGGUUUGACGCUUGCGCACUGUGCCUACAACGAGCAAGGGAGCCGGUAGCAUGCCAGAAAGGACAUCUCUUCUGCAAGGAGUGCUCACGCAGAUGCAGGACAUUAAGCGACAGAAGGCUAGGCUGGAAACACUCAAGCGCGAGGCGGAAGAGGAGAAACGAAGCGCACGAGAGGCUGCCCGCGAGCGCGUCCUGCUCGAGUUCGAGAAGGGCCAGCUGGGCCUCGCAGCAACAGCGGCCGUCACCACGUCCGGCGCUGAGUCAAACGAAUGUACGUCCCCCUCCGCGCAUUCUGCGCAAGUUCGACUUCUCCGAGAGCACGGUCGACACGCUCGCGCGCGAGGCCGAAGAGGCCGCGCUGCGCCAGAUCGAGCGCGAGCAGGCCGAGGCGCUGAAGCACAAACUGCCCGAUUUCUGGCUGCCGUCGCUCACGCCGACCUACGCUUCCAGCGGGCCGCCGGCCUCGCUUGCGGACGUGAAGCUGCAGACGACGUGCCGCGGCGGGAACCCACCGCACCACCUUACACGGAAGACUUUGAUACCUGUGCACUUCAUUUUUGACACGUCGGCAUCAACACAGCCUCGUUCGGUUGAGUCGACGCCGUCAACGGAGUCGGGCACAGAGGCAAAGCCGAAGAGGGACGAGGAGAAGACUGCGAUAUGUCCGUCGUGUAAGAAGGUGCUGUCAAAUAGCGCACUCAUGAACUUGAUGAAACCCUGUGGACAUGUCGUGUGCAAAACGUGUACGGACACGCUCGUCAAGCCCGCAAAACAGUGUAUACAAUGUGACGUUCAGCUCGCCGACAAGGAUAUCAUCGAGCUUGCGAGGGAAGGCACUGGAUAUGCAGCUGGAGGACUGGCGGAGACGUCGAAGAAGGGAGUAGCUUUCCAGGGAUAG